CCGGCGAGCGGCGCUUCCAGCCCCCCGAGCCGCCCGUGCCCUGGCCCGAGGUGCGCAACGCCACCCACUUUGCGCCCGUGUGCCCGCAGACCAUCGUGGAGGGCCGGCUGCCGGACGUGAUGCUGCCGGUGUGGUUCACCAACAGCAUCGACGUGGUCUCCUCCUGGGUGCAGGACCAGAGCGAGGACUGCCUCUUCCUCAACAUCUACGUUCCCACGGAGGAUGGUCCCCUUACAAAGAAAAACACAGAUGAUUUAGGCGAUAAUGACCGCACGGACGACGAAGACAUUCGGGAGAGCGGCAGUCCCAAGCCCGUGAUGGUGUUCAUCCAUGGCGGCUCCUACAUGGAGGGUACCGGCAACAUGUUUGACGGGAGCAUCCUGGCCAGCUACGGCAACGUUAUCGUGAUCACCGUCAACUACCGCCUGGGCGUUCUAGGCUUCCUGAGCACGGGAGACCAAGCGGCCAAGGGGAACUACGGACUCCUCGACCUGAUCCAGGCUCUCCGCUGGACCAGUGAGAACAUUGCGGCCUUUGGCGGCGACCCCCUGCGCAUCACAGUGUUUGGCUCAGGGGCCGGGGCGUCGUGUGUCAACCUCCUGACGCUCUCCCACUACUCUGAGGGCAACCGCUGGAGUAACUCCACCAAAGGUCUCUUCCAGCGGGCCAUAGCUCAGAGCGGCACGGCGUUGUCUAGCUGGGCUGUGAGUUUCCAGCCGGCCAAGUACGCCCGCAUGCUGGCCCGCAAGGUGGGCUGCAAUCUGCAGGACACGGUGGAGCUGGUGGAGUGUCUCCAGAGGAAGCACUAUAAGGAGCUGGUGGACCAGGACAUCCAGCCUGCCCGCUACCACAUCGCCUUUGGACCCGUCAUCGAUGGCGACGUGAUACCAGAUGAUCCCCAGAUACUCAUGGAGCAAGGCGAGUUCCUCAACUACGACAUCAUGCUGGGGGUGAACCAGGGUGAGGGCCUCAAGUUCGUGGAGCUGAUCGUGGACAACGAGAACGGCGUCCAGGCCAACGACUUCGACUACGCCGUCUCCAGCUUCGUGGACGACCUCUAUGGCUACCCGGAGGGCAAGGACAUCCUACGCGAGACCAUCAAGUUCAUGUACACAGACUGGGCAGACCGACACAACCCCGAGACACGCAGGAAGACCCUGCUGGCGCUCUUCACCGAUCACCAGUGGGUGGCGCCUGCGGUGGCCACGGCUGACCUCCACUCCAGCUUCGGGUCGCCCACCUACUUCUACGCCUUCUACCAUCACUGUCAGACGGAGCAGGUGCCACCGUGGGCAGAUGCAGCCCAUGGGGAUGAGAUCCCGUAUGUGUUUGGCCUGCCGAUGAUCGGGCCCACGGAGCUCUUCCCCUGUAACUUCUCCAAGAAUGACGUCAUGCUGAGUGCCGUGGUCAUGACCUACUGGACCAACUUUGCCAAGACAGGGGACCCCAACCAGCCUGUGCCCCAGGACACCAAGUUCAUCCACACAAAGCCCAACCGCUUCGAAGAGGUGGCCUGGACACGCUACAACCAGAAGGAUCAGCUCUACCUCCACAUAGGCCUGAAGCCUCGUGUCAAGGAGCAUUACCGCGCCAACAAGGUCAACCUGUGGCUGGAGCUGGUCCCACACCUCCACAGCAUCAACGACGUCACACAGGUCCUUCCCACCACCACCAAGGUGCCCCCGGCGGAGGUGACCAACCGGACCCCCAAGACCAAGCCGUUCGCCACCAAGCGUCCCAACCCCACGCCGUACCCCACCGACACGCAGGACAGCCUGAACCAGCCCCACCUGGUAGACCAGCGCGACUACUCCACGGAGCUGUCGGUCACCAUCGCCGUGGGCGCCUCGCUGCUCUUCCUCAACAUCCUGGCCUUCGCCGCUCUCUACUACAAGAAGGACAAGCGGCGGCACGACGUGCACCGGCGCUGCAGCCCCCAGCGCAGCGCGGCCAACGACCUGGCCCACCACACCCAGGAGGAGGAGCUCAUGUCCCUGCAGAUGAAGCAGCACUCGUCGGAGCUGGACCCGCGGGGCCACUGCCAGGGCGGCAUCGGCGGCGGCGGCGGCGGCGGCGGAGGCGGCGGCGUGGUGGUGGUGGGGGUGGGGGGCGGCGGGGGCAGCGACGGCAUGCACGCCCACGACGCGCUGCUGAGGACUGCCUGCCCGCCGGACUACACGCUGGCCAUGCGGCGCUCGCCGGACGACAUCCCGCUCAUGACCCCCAACACCAUCACCAUGAUCCCCAGCAGCAUGGGCGGGCUGGCGUCGCUGCACUCCUUCAACACGUACCCCAGCAGCGGGCAGAACAACACGCUGCCGCACCCGCACUCACACUCCACCACCCGGGUAUAGCCCAGCCACGCCCCCCCCUCUCCUCCUCCUCCUCCUCCUCGACCUCCCCCCUCUCCCCCACCGUCGGACGACACAACGAGACGUACCAACACCGCAAGGCGAGGGAGACUCUGAGGGGCGGAGGUGGAAGUGGAAGGCCGAGCGCUGAGUGAACACGGUACAUCCAGAGCUUCGACAGGAAAAGGGUCAAGGGGCUGUCGUCGGCUGGAUGGAUAGAGACUGGGAUUCCGUCCUCGCCGGUGGAAACCUUUUACGGAAUUACAGGAUUUUAUUGGAAGCUGGAAAUCACGGAAAAUAUUAAAUAUGGUUUGUUUGGGGGGGGGGGGGGGGUUUGUAUAAAAAUAAGAGACGUCGGGGAGAAAACAAGCAAAAAAGCAUUUAUAUAUCGAAAGAACUGAAGAAAAGCAACUUGACAGACUAAAACAGAGUGGAAGAUUGUUCGUUUUUUGGGGUUUCAGCAAAAAUAGGGUAAAGGAGUUUUAUUCGUUCUGGAGACAUAUAUGGCCUUUGGGAUCUUUUGACAAAUGACUGCGUGAUAGUGUUAACUGGAAGCAGAACGGAGCAUCAGACACACCUCGAAGGUGGAAAAGGGAAAGUGCUUUGUAAAUGAAGGAAAACAUAUUGUUUUCCUGUGGCAAAAACUAGAUUACUCUUUUGUGGAACAGAGAGCAGAUGCUGUGCCAACCUAGUUUAGGCAUGUGUUACCUUCAUAAAUGAGCUAUGUAAGAUAAGACAAUAAACAAUCAGGAGAGGAGCAAAAAAAAACAACAACAAAGAACUGAAAACUUUAAGUAAAAAGAAAAAAAAAAGCAAACCUGUAUGCACAAUGCAGACAUUUUAAUGAGCGAAAAAAAGAGAAAAUGUCACAGAUUCUUUUCCAUCCAUUUAUUUUCUUUCCUUGAGGGAGGGGGGGGGAGGUACCCGUUGUAUUGUAUAGAUCCUAUUUACAUAUCUAAAUCUGUACACUUAAGCACCAAGGCUGUUAAGAGGGCCCUCUUCUCUCUGGGGUUGGGGGCAGGGUUGGCUGGGGGGGGAAUUGGGGAGGGCCUCUAUACUGCAAAUCUGCCAGCAGGAGUGCACCAGCAGGAAGCAGAUGAUCCAACCACAGGCUCUGCGUUUCUGCCACUUAACAGCUUCAUCACACAAGUGCUGUCAACAGGGAGAGCUCUGGGCGCGGGCUGGGGGCUGCGGGGGGGUGGCAAAGGAUAUUUUUAGCACGACGCGCAUGACAAUUUAUCUGCUUGAUGGCUGCUCUGCUGAUUAUGUCAUUAUUAAGAAGAAAAAGUCUGACCCCCUCCCUCCCCAUUCCCUUGCAUUGGAAAUAAUCUCAGAUGGAACACUAUACUCAAACUCAAUCCUGAUUGGAUAACAGGAGACACACACGACCUUGAUCACAUUACGCUUUCGAGACAAUGGGAAAUUCAAUUCCAGAUUAGCUGUGAGAAUAACGCAGGGGGUUGGCUGGGCAAAUGGUAAAGGUUCAUGCAUAACAUAAUAUAGCUUGAGUGGAGCUGGGCAUAUAAGAACUAGUUUUGUACUCUCUGUGUGUUGGUACAAAUUUUUUGAUAGUGGUUAAAAUCACAUUACACUUUAUCAAUGAAACUUUCAUUGUACCUUGGGUUGAUAUCGAUGUUCUUUGUAAUUCUACCCAUUAGUUUUGAUUAUCACCUCUCUUGCUACUAGCUAUAAACCACCUUGCUGUAUAUAAGUAAUCUCCUGCACUGUUUAUUCCAUGUCUCUCUUUCUAUUUCUUUUCUUUCAUUUUGUUCUGGCUGAACGUGUGUGUGCUGUGUCCACACGACAGAUCCCCCCCCACAUCACACACCGGCUCCGAGGGCUAGCGAGUCUAACAAUGGUCAGCAAAGCGACGGAAGAUGGCAUCGAGGAAGAGAGGUUUUAGAGUCUCUUUGGGCUAUGUAGCUUUUUCUGUGUUAUUAUAAUUUCAUAUAGCCAACUUCCAAAGAGCUGUUUAAUGAUGAAUGCCUAUAAAUGACUCAUAAGGGCCAAGGGACCAUGGUAUGACAGCAAGCAUUAGGAGCAGCUCUCAGUCCUUCCCUGGCAUGGAACUUUUAUGGUGAGGGGAGAGAAGAAGGGAUGAGGAAGGAGAGGAGAAUGGCUCGGAGUGAACAAGCAGAGAUUCAAAGAAGGGUUGUUGUUGUAGAUCAUCAGAUAUAUCUAUUGCCUAUGUUUCAGUGUGCCAAGGUUGACUCAUUGUUGAGGCACAUUGCAUUCAGGGGAAAGAAGUGGAUGCGCUUCAACACAUUACAUUUUUUAAUCGUACCCCUUUUCGCUUUUAUUGUUUUGGAAAAUUCUCCACAAAAUAAACUGUCUGUCAAAUCUGAGUAAUUUAAUGUCAAAAUGGACCUGUCUUGUCCUCGCGUCUCUCUCUCUCUCUCUCUCUCUCUCUCUCUCUCUCUCUCUCUCUCUCUCUCUCUCUCUCUCUCUCUCUCUCUCUCUCUCUCUCUCUCUCUCUCUCUCUCUCUCUCUCUCUCUCUCUCUCUACCGUUCUGUUUCUUUGUUUUCUAUUUCCAUGCAGGGUUGCAUGACCGUAGGCGUCCGGUCCUCUACGGCCUGUGUUGCUCGCAUUGUGAGGCUUUGUAAUCCACCGUUUUGCCAGUAGACGGUUCACAGCGCGAGCCUAAAGCACCCCUGCCUAGGCCCCCCACUCAUCUCAGCCUUCCUGUUCUGCGUAGCCGGCCUCCAGCCCCCAUCGGAGCGCCACGAGAUGACUGGCCUGUCCGACCCAGAGGGCUGGGGAUGCAGCAGUCCACCACAGGGCGCAGUACAGUCGGGUGUACACAGGCUGGAGGAGCCCCCUACGCAGCACCAAGCCUACUGGGCUCAGAUUUAGAAAACCUAUAGGCUGCAGGUGCAUAGGCGCGGCCCCUCGCGAAACUCAAAGCGCUCGUCUCACCUUAUUUUGCUGCCCCCCCCCCCCCCCCCCCUCCUGCCGACGUGUGGAUGGAUGGCUCUGGAGUUCAGAGAGUACGCCUGGCCCCACUUGACUGGCUCACAGGCACUGUGCAGUCAUUCAACAUAAUGGCUACAGACGCGUCGUAUACCCUCACAGCUCGGCGCGAGACAAGCUGUAAAUAUGCCCGUGGUGGGGAUGGUGGGGGUGGAGGUGGUGGUAGGGAAGGGGAAACAACAGCUAUUUCGAAACAAUCUGAGAGGAGGAAUUUUAAACCCGAUUUAUGCCAAAUUAAAGAAAUAGUGGAAAGGGUUAGGGUCAAUAUGCAGAAAAAGGGUCCAGGGAAUUCACCAUAGACCAUGCACAUGAAACAAAAACAGCAGGCCUUUUGAACUAUUAUGGUCUUUUGGCCAACCUCUGUUGAAACAUUAAUAUAUAUAUAUACAGUAUAUAUAUAUAUAUAUACCAUUUCAAUCUACAUUGACUUUUGUUUUUCAAAAUGUAUGCUCAACGUUACUGCAGAAAAGAUGAUGAAGCCAUGGCAUUAGGCUACCCUGUGACACUGUGCUAUGCCAAAUUAUCCAAACUGCCUUUUGUUGCAUAACUCAUCUGAUGGACCUACACACACACACACACACACACACACACACACACACACACACACUCACACGCACACACACACGAUGUUAGUAAUCAAUCCCAGGCUUUUAACCUAAUUUGGUAAAAAGUCAUGAAGUUGGAUGAUCUGAUUUCCCAAACUUGAAAACGUAAUCAUGAGACCAAUAUUAAUUGCGACAUGAUCUUGUUCUUAGUCUGUCGUUCUAACACCUGUCAUAAGCAUCCCACGAUUUGCAAAAGAGGCUCGAAAGGAAAUACAAUAAAAAACAUUGAGGUGAUUCCUGCCAAAGGAUUUAAAAUCAAAUUAAAAUUGUUUAAAUAUUUCAGAUGUCCGGCUAUAAUGUAUGGUGAUGUAGUUGCCAGGGACCUGUCUAAGAGGCCUGCAGCCAAAUUCCUAAUCCGCAUAAAUAACCUUUCCAUCAUAUUUGAGAGGGUCUUCUUUUGAAACGUAAUUACUGCAGAAAUAUGAGUACCACAGAAUGCGGUUAUUUGUGUGCUGACAAUAGCCUCAGGAAAGGACUUACCCAUGCAAAUCAAACACACACAUGUGUUUUGUUUGCAUGUUAGUGGUAAAAACACUGCAGGCUAAUGACGCACUGCACAUGGCUAUAAUAUCAUUUUAAUUGCAUGCAAAGAGGAUCACAUGAAAGAUGGAAGAUUAAGCAGGACUUAAAGCUUUUAGGAAAAUAUAUGUGGAUGUGAUUGGGGGAUAAAAAGCCCACUCAUUGAAUUACACAUGUAAUUGCACUAUGGGUAAACAUUCAAGUAAUUGCAGGGGCCUCAGCAAAGUAGCUGACAGAUGAGGAUGAAUGCGGAUAAAGGAGUUGAUGUGCGCUUCAAUUAGCCUAUUGAUGAAGAGGAGCAGAAAAUACUCACGCACUAGACUCGAGUGUAAAGACUCUAGGAUGGAAAGAAAAAAAUGACAGAUGUGUUACAGUCAAAAUUUAUCAUAAAUAAGCAUAAACAUAGUGGAUUAUACGCAAAUAUAUACAUAUAUAUAUUUAAAGAGAGGGAGACAUGUAUCAUGGUACCUGAUUGAUAGGAAGGUGUUACUGUAACAGGCAGUAUUGGAUACCUCGGCACACAGGAGGACACUAGAGUCAUAGCACACAAUGGUCUCCCACUCAAUAAAUAUUCACAUAUUUACAUAUGGACACAGUGCAUUGGUUUCAUGUGUCACUCCCUGCAAUAAGCUUGAGGAGCGUGAAUGGUUAACAGUGGUAGUUGGUAUUUCGCAUAACCUCCACUCUUGCCAAUGGUUUUGUACUACACAGUCAACCCCUCAUGUUUCCAUACUGAAUGACCUGCUGUUAUUUUGAUAGAUUUUCUCUCUCGUCCAUGUAUUUUCGUAAAGUGCCAUUGAUCUUAAAGUCUCGAAUCUGAGGUAAUUCUAAGGGAUGACAAGUAGGAAUCUGUUGAAGGAUAUAAAGGAACCAUCACAACUGUGUAUUUUGGUCUAAGUACCUGCUAAAGUUGUGGCACAUCAAGACAACAUAUGACGUUGAUGUGUUUGUUUCCUGAUCAACAGUUGACAUGACCAAUCUCGGUUUGAAUGAAUUACAACACAAAUUGGGUCUUAGACUCUGGGGGUGGGAACUUACGCAUAAAGUCAAAGGAGCACAUAAUUCAAGUAAUAAUGCAGGCUGGUGUUUUGAUGGUAAACUCAUCCUUCUCCACUGUCAUUGGCUGCUACAGAAUCCCAUCUGAACGCAGCUUUAAGGGUGAGAUAAUGUGAAUUUUAGAGUAAUGAUACAUACAUGAUAUUAUACAUCAUAACAAACCCUCUUAACUACUGGGCAAUUCAAACUGAGUCCAGGGAGCAUGUGGGCAUAUGUGUUUGCCUAUAUAUUCACAUCUUAGCAAAAUAUCAAUAUCUAGCAUCCUUUUCAUUGGUUUUUACUAAAGGAUAGGUGUCAUAGAAAUCGUUGUUUGACAUUUUUCACUUUGCUAAAUGCAUCUGCAUAAUGCAUUAAUUUGCUGAUAUCAUUAGGUAUAAUCCAUUCAAAGCUGUCGCCCUCGAUUCCUAGUUUAAAAAAAACACUCAACACUCAACGCUUAUUCAAUAACCUCAUAUCCCAAAGACGUGAUCUGUAAUAUUAACGGGUUACACCACCUCCGCCACUUCAUUACGGGCUUUGCAGUCUGUAUAAUUCCCUGGAAUAUCGACGCCCAGCCGUAAUCCUUUUUGCGCAUUAAAGCAAAAGAAGUCAUUAACUACACGGUUCACUUUCUUUUUUAAGGAUAAAUCCGGGAGGCUUGACGACAAUGGAGGACAAGAGACUAGUUCUAUCGGUAUCUUUGGAGUGGACCUUACAGGACGCAGUCCCCAGUAGGCUCUGGGCAUACAGGCCGACGUGGUGAGGGGGUGAAAGGGGGUUUCCUUCUCCAUUUUGGUCCCAAACUAAAGACAUUAAAGACCCCCGGGUCUCCUAAAGUGUAAAAAGUGAGAGCAGGUCGGCGUGAGCCCCGUUGGAACCCAUUACCACAUGUGGAUGGAUGGACAGAGCAAAGUGCGCUGCGUAUGAAUGUAAUGCAACAAGUGUGAUUUUAUAACCUCAAGCAGCAGAAAACAGAGCAAAAAUGACCUUUGAUUAUUGGUCUCUGGAGUUUUAUUUCAUUUCUUAUUUAUUUUUGUUUCUGGUUUUGAAUUCUUUCUUUUAUUUUUCUGUUUGUUUCUGUUAAUCGGUGACUGAAAUUAGCAAUUUAAACACAAUGUAAACAGAGGGAGCACCAUGUUAGUUGGUCUGGAAUUUGUAAUGUAGAUUAUUUGUCCCUUGUCUUUCUUUCUGGUUAAAUAGUAAUUACUCUUCUGGAGCACAAUAAAUUUUAAUAAGCUGAUAA